AAGGGUGAGAACAGGACGAGUACGGUGGCAGAGGCGCAUGGAGAUUUGUUUGUUUCUUUUAAUGUGAAGGAAACACAUUCAGGAGAAACUGGCAGUUCUCUCCGGCUUAACGUUUCCUUAGAAACAAAGACAGAGGGUAGGCUGCAGCGAGGUUACAGGUGUUUGUGGACUGGAGUUUCUGAAAGGUGAGAAGUGGAGCAUUAAAGCGGUGAAAAGACGGGAAGAGGAUCCAGAAGGAAACGUGCGCUUUAUGAAAACUGCUUAAGAGGUCUAAAUACGGACUGACACUACAAUAUUGCGAGUAGGAGGCAAGGAUCACCGGGAAUGUGAAGGGGGGAGCCGUUGAGCUGAAGCGAAGUCUCGGGCAAUGCGAGGAAGGAUCGCUCUGCACUUGUCACGCUUGUUUAUCAUCCCCGGCUCAUUUUUGUAGUCAGAUACACGCACCGCAACUACCAUGGAGCGCCGAAUUUUACUCACCUGCGUGCUGCUCACUGUCCUUCUACGGCCGACCGAUGCCCAAAGUGCGGUAUCUGACUCAGUGCUGAACUGCUGCGAAGGCGACGUUCUGUUCCUGCUGGACUCCUCCGGCAGCGUCUCCUCCUACGAGUUCUCCCGCAUGCUGAGUUUCCUGUCCGAGCUGCUGCGGCCCUUCUCCCUGGGGCCCGACCAGGUGAGGGUGGGGCUGCUGCAGGUGGGCACCGAGCCUCACCUGGAGUUUGGCUUCGACGCCCACAGCACCCAGCGGGGCCUGCAGGAGGCGCUGCAGAGGACCAAGCAGCUCCAGGGUGACACCAACACGGACAAGGCCCUAAAGCUGGCCCAGGAGCGGGUGCUGAAGGAGGGCGGGAAGGGCGGGGCCAGGGCGGGGCUCCCCAGGGUUCUCGUGUGGCUGACGGAUGGGGUGCAGCCCGGCGCUGUGGAGGGACCAAUGGAGGCGCUGCAGGAGGAGGGCGUGGCUGUGCUGGUGGUCUCCACAGGACACGGGAACUACCAGGUACUGAGGAGCGUGGUGACCCCGCCCGCCGACAGCCACCUGUACUUUGUGGACAUCGACGACAUGAGCAUCAUCGCCAAGGACCUCAGGGACGCCAUCAUUGAGAUUAUCCGGGCGGAGCGGCUGCAGGUUCGAGACGUGUCCACCCGCAGCGCGACCCUGCAUUGGCGCCCCAUCCUGACCGCUGGCACCGGGUUCUACGACAUCCGAUUCGGGCCGGUCCCGACGGGAACGGGCGGGGCCAGCGGAGGGCCCGGCACCAGCCCCAUCGUCGGUGGGGGUCAGUGGCGCAGGGUGACCCGGCCGGGUGACGCCAGCUCGGCCAAGCUGAUGGACCUGCAGCCGGACACCCAGUACAGGGCCACGCUCACACCCGAGUCCAACCUGGACUUCCUGAAGCCCCUGUCCAUCACCUUCACCACACAGUCCGAGGUUCUGAGUCCAGCUGUAGUCACGGUCUUGGAGUCCGGCACGAACAGCAUGAAGGUCAGCUGGGGACCCCUGCAGCCAAACUCGGUAAAGAAGUACCAGGUGGAGUACGGUGCCCUGCCAGGGGGGAAGGUCCACAUCGCCACCGUCAGCCGAGACCGCAACUCGACCGUGCUGACCAACCUGCAGCCUGACACACAGUACCUGGUCACAGUGAGCGCAUUUCACUCCUCUGGCCAGGAGAGGGCGAUGUCCAUCAAGGCCUGCACUCAGGAGGUGCUGCCUGCCCUGGCAGACCUGCAGCUGACUACAGUAGGGAGCGACUCAGUCCGUGUCCAGUGGAAGGGCCAGGCAGAGGGGCUGCGGGGUUACUGGGUCACCUGGGAAGGUGCCAGCGGUUCCUCGGGACACUCCUCGUCCUUAUACCUGCCCCCCAGCUCCGUGUCCACACUGCUGACCCACCUGCCGCCCACCAGCCGUGUCUGUGUCUCGCCUGUGUACAGGACGGCACGUGGGGAGGGGCUCUGCUGCACUGCCCGCUUUUAUUCAGAUGUUAUUCCUCGAGGAGACCUAUUUUACAGUCCUGCAUGACCGCACGGGAGCCUUGGUUUGCCCUGGGCGGAAGGACACCAGGAGAGAAGGACGAGGGGGGCGUGGAGGCGCUGAUGCUGGACACUGAGUCUGUCAUCCUCUGCACGGAGUCCUCUCUCCCAUUGCACCACAACACCAGACAUAGAACCUGGGACUGCUGCAACAUCAGUCUCCACCAGGGGGCAGUGCUGCUCCAACACACACUCACAGAAGCACACAGACACGUGCGUAUACACA